AGAUAAAGCUUGUUUAUCUUUAGCCACCAUCAGGCUCGCACAGUUUUCUAAACAUCAAAGCCCUUUUAAAUGCAUAUAAAGCAGGUCAUUAUAGACGGUUUUCGGUCAUACAAGGACCAAACAAAAAUUGAGCCCUUCAGCAAAAGAGCAAAUGUUUUCGUUGGCCUAACUGGUAGUGGAAAGAGUGAUAUCGUCUAUGCGAUUGAAUUUGUGCUAGCUGAUGAUUUUUCCAACUUACGAGCUGAGCAAAGAUUGGCGUUGCUACAUGAGGGGACUGGUCAACGAAUCACUACCGCGAAUGUAGAAAUAAUUUUCGACAAUCGGGACAACCGACUACCGAUCGAACAAGAAGAAGUCUCCCUGCAGCGUGUGAUAGGAGCCAAAAAAGAUGAAUUUUUUAUGGACAAGAAAAGUAUCCCAAAAAACGAGGUGUUGAGUUUGCUGGAGGCGGCUGGUUUCUCGCGAAGCAAACCGUAUUACAUCGUAAAACAAAGUGAGAUAAAUGAAAUAGCUACUGCACCUGAUUUGCAACGAUUAAAACGGAUUCAAGAAAUAGCAGGAAUAAAAGUCCUCGAUGAGCGCCGAGAAGAAUUGAAACAAUGCCAAAAGUGGGAUAAGUCGCGCCGAAUGCUUGAAUAUACUAUUCAAGACAACGAGUUGAAGAAAAGGAAACAAAACCUGGAAGAUUUGAGCAAAAAACGAGAUGAGAUAUCGAGUGCUUCAUUACCUCUUCAGGAUAAAUUGCAAGAAAUUCUGAAGCGUGGGAAGCAAAUAGGAAAAGAUAUGGGGGACUUGAAAAACAAGAUUUCAUCUAUUGUCGAUGAAAAGGAUACGCUUUUAAAAGAAAAGUCAGAUUUGAUCGAACAAAAGGCGAAAUUGGAACUGACGGCUAAAGAUUUGCAGGACAAAGUUGACAAUGAAGAGAGUAUGAAAGAAAUUUUGCAGUCAGAGCUGAAAACUGUCAAUGAUCAAAUAACGGAAAAGCAGGAAAAAUUUACUCAAUUUGCAUCCCAGCUUGAAGAGGUUAACGGCAAGGAGGGUAUUUUAAGUUUUCGUUUGAAUUGUUUAGACCAACAUGCAAAAUUUUUAAAUGCCAAGGAGCCCCUAGUACCUCAGUUUGAGUAUAAAGAGCAAAGGGACAAGUGGCUUGGACAAGAAAUUAACGAAUUGAAACUGGUCGGAGGAAACUUGCAAGAGCAGAUACAAAGCCUGAACUCGCAUUUGGAGAAUGAUCGAAGCGAUCGCAUUGAGCUGGAAUCUCAGAUCACCAGUCUUAAUCAAAAUCUAGAUGAAGCAGAACAGCAGAUUAAUCAUGCUCUGAGUGAAAUUGAAAGAGCCAAGACAAAAGCUUGCAAGCAUCAAGAGAUGACAGAACGGCUCAAAGCAGAUUUGAGAUUGAAGAACGAGCUGCUGAAUAGUAUACAGAAGAGCUAUAAAGCAAAAAAAAGGCCACUGAAAAGAUUACAGCUAACUUUGGAUCAAGUCAACGCUUCUAUGAACUCGUAUAGGGUUGAAAUGGAGACCGAACUAUUGCCCCAAAUAAUUGCACAGCACCAAAUUGAAGUGGGAAUAAUUGCGAAUGAGAAAAAGAAAGUGAUGAGCGAGCUCAAAGCGAUUGGUUCAGAAAGGUCCGAGCUUGAAGAGAAAAGAAAAAUGAUAUUUGAAUAUGAACUAGGAAAUACUUUGAAGAGAAAACAAGAGUAUCUCGUUAACCAGUUACAAGAUUUAGGAAGCGCGAAAAAGAAACGCAAGCUAGAAAACGAUUUAUCUUUGAUGGCCGAAAGAUUUGAGGCUAUUAAACCACGAUUGGACGAAAUUGAUACUCAGUUAGAUAAUUUGAAUCUCGAUUUACAAAAUUUACAGGAAAAUUUCGAGGAAAAUAAGAACCAAGAAAAAGAAAUACAGGACAAAAUUGAAGGUAAAACCAAGUAUUUAGAGACAAUAACCAAAAAGCAACACUUAAUUGUUAAGCGAAUCGAGGACUGUUCGAAGAAAAUAAGAGAUUUGGGAUCCUUGGCCAAUGAAUCAUUCGGUAACUAUCAAGAGAUGAACAGAAACCAACUUAUUGAGGAGUUGCACAAAUGCAACAAUGAGUUGGAAAAGUAUAUUCACGUAAACGAGAAAGCGUUACAACAGUUUGUUAGUACCACAGAAGAGAAGAAGUCAUUGCACCGGAAAGCCGAAGUGGAUAGGGGAUCUCAGGCUAUUCAAGACAUGAUGGAUUCUCUUGAUAACCAAAGAUAUGAGGCCAUUGAGUGCACGUUUAAACAGGUUUCGAAAUACUUUUCAGAAGUGUUUCAGAAAUUGGUACCUGGAGGACAAGCGCAAUUGGUUAUGCGUCGGAAAGAGGCGGACUCUCAAGAAGGUGGCUCGCAACAACCUGAACUCCCCUCAGUUGAGCAGUUUUCGGGAGUGUCUAUUAAAGUGUCUUUCUCGGGUAAACCUGCCGAGACACGAGAAAUGAGUCAGUUACUAGGAGGCCAAAAAUCACUGGUGGCUUUGACGUUUAUAUUUGCGAUCCAAAAAUGUGACCCAGCGCCUUUUUAUCUUUUUGAAGAAAUUGACGCGGCUCUGGAUCCGGAACAUAGACAAUCGUUAGCCAAUAUGAUUAAAGAACUCUCGAAUAAUGCUCAGUUCAUCAUUACUACUUUCAGUCCCGAAUUGAGUGAAGCUGCAGACAAGUUUUAUGGUGUUAAGAGUCAUGUUCAGACAAUUGGGAAGAAAAAGGUCGGCGACUGUCUAAGCUGGACAGAUUCGAGACUGGUGGUUGAGCGGGAUAAGCAGUUACUACCCUUAGUUGAUAACAACCACUGCUUUCGUCACUGGAGUGGCGAGCGAUGGUUUUGCUUUUCCAGGCGUGCCAACCGUUUUCGUCUGAUCGCCAAGCUGGUCGGCGUAGUGAGCACAAGUCGAGCAGCCCCGUUCCAGAUUCUAAUCGAGUAUCUAUCUAUGGGGAACUUGAACUCCUUCCUGAGACAGAAACAGAGAGACAAUGAAUCCCUCUCCCUGUACAGAUUGCACAGCUUCAGCCAGCAGAUCUGGAAUGGGAUGAACCACUUGAGUGAGGGACUAAUUGUCCAUAGGGAUCUGGCCACUAGGAAUUGUCUGUUGGCAAAUGCGGUUACAGUCAAGUUGGGUGAUUUUGGGUUUGCGGAACAGCUCGAGUCUCUGGAUGACUUUAUCCAAGUGAAUGACGACUCAGACUUGCCUCUGCGCUGGCUGCCUCCAGGGAUGUUGAGUGAGGUCAAAUACUGCCUCAAUCAGAUGUCUGGCAGUUCGGAGUAGUCGUGUGGGAGAUAUACUCUCUGGGCAUGAAACCCUACUGUGGAAUCAGCAAUGAAGAUGUCAUCCAGUACGUGUUGGACGGAAAAGUGUUGCCCAAAAUGGAGCCAAAGCAGGAUCCGCAUGGACUGGGACCCAAUCUGAAAACGCGAGACUACCCCCGGACGCUAUUUAUAAGUUCAUGAAAAAGUGUUGGAAGUUCAACGUCGCUGAUCGACCCUCGUUCGGAAAGUAUGCAGUUGCAGAAGAGCUGUUCAAUUUGGUAGACGUGAUCACUAAGUUCUGUUCAUAUCAGAACCUAGAACUUUUCCGAGAAGACUAAAGAAAGAAAAGUAGAAAAAAAAACUAUUUAUCACUCUUAUAAAUAAUUAAAUUAUUGUUAAUUAAACUCUGAUAGUUGGCCUAUUGUCCGCCUGUUUUAUCAAAUCAUUUUGAUUUGAUUCGUUUCUUUUAGUUUAAAUAUUCUACUUAUUCUGUUGUUAAGAUAGGAUAAAAACUCGAAAUUUAUUGUUAUUUUCUG